AUGCCGCACCUUGACCAGCACAACUUUUCGGCGCCCAUUGAGGUCCAUUCUUUCGCAGCACUGCUCUUUGAUAUGGAUGGUACGAUCAUCGACAGCACCAAUGCAAUCAUCAAACACUGGCACCAAAUCGGCAAGGACAUCGGCGUGGAUCCAGAAGUGAUUCUCGCUACCUCUCACGGAAGGCGCUCAAUCGACGUGCUCGAGAUCUUGGAGCCUAAGCUCGCUAACUGGGAGUACGUCUGCGCGGCAGAAGGUGCCAUACCCAAGAAAUGGGGUCACGACGCCGUCGAAAUACCAGGCAGUCGAUCAAUCCUGGAAUCCCUCGAGCAAGUCUCCGCACCCUGGGCCAUCGUGACAUCGGGCACACAACCUCUGGUCACGGGUUGGCUGGAAGUUAUGGGUCUAGCACAUCCCAAGCACCUCGUCAGCGCCGAGCAAGUCGCAAAGGGCAAGCCAGACCCGGCCUGCUACAAGCUAGGCGCCGAAAGACUAGGCAUCAAGGGCGACGAUGUUCUAGUACUCGAAGACGCUCCUGCUGGUGUGCGUGCUGGAAUAGCGGCAGGUUACAAGGUCGUCGCAUUGGCAACCACGCAUACCGUGCAGCAACUGCAGGAAGCCGGAGCUACUUGGAUCGUGCGUGACAUGCGCAGCGUGACGAUGAAAAACUUGGACAAGAAGACUGGCAAGGUCGAAGUAUCAAUCAAGGAUGCACUGGUCCAGUAG